AUGGAGAUUCAUUUCAUUUAUGUUUCAUUCUUGCUUUCCUUUUUCCUCCUCUUAGUUAUUUUCGUUCGAAAAUCGAAAAAAAGUAACCAAAAAUUGCCACCAGGUCCAUGGAAAUUGCCUGUUAUUGGAAGCAUGCAUCACCUUAUUGGAGCACUUCCACAUCAUGUUCUUAGAAAUUUAUCCAAAAAAUAUGGACCUCUAAUGCACCUGAAGUUAGGGGAAAUUGAUGCAGUUAUUGUAUCAUCUCCACAUAUGGCAAAACAAGUACUAAAAGUUCAUGACCUUUCUUUUGCAGCAAGGCCAGAGCUUAUGGCAUCUGAUAUAGUCUUUUAUAGUCAAAAAGACAUUGUAUUUGCAAAAUAUGGUGAUUACUGGAAACAAAUGCGUAAAAUAUGCAUUUCAGAGUUACUUAGUGCAAAGAUGGUCAAGUCGUUUAGUUUAAUUCGGCAAGAUGCGGUUCAUGAUCUUGUUGCAUCUAUUGGUUCUACUCCAAAUGUUGUGGUUAAUAUGUCUGAAAAGGUUCUUAGACUUACUAGCUCUGUUAUAUGUAGAUCAGCUUUUGGAAAAGUAUGGGAUGAUAGAGAUAAUUUGUUGAUGUUGAUGAGGGAAGUACUAUCCUUAUCUGGCGGAUUUGAUAUGGCUGAUUUCUUUCCUUCUUGGACAUUACUUCAUGGAAUUGGUGGAAUGAGAAACAGAUUGAAGAGUUUACAUCAGAAGAUUGAUGUAAUUUUAGAGAAAAUAAUUCAUGAACAUAAAGAGAAUCGAGCAAAUGGAAAAGAGGGAAAUAGUGAGUUUGGGGGUGAAGAUUUGAUUGACGUUUUGCUCAGAGUUAUGGAGAAUGGUGAACUUCAAUUUCCAAUCACAAACGACAGCGUCAAGGCAAUCGUUCUAGACUUGUUCUUUGGGGGAACUGAAACUUCGUCAGUAAUAAUACAAUGGGCGUUGUCUGAACUGAUGAAGAACCCAAAGGUGAUGGCCAAAGCACAAGCAGAAGUGAGAUGUGUCUGUACAGGGAAGAAAGAUUUGAAUGACAAUGAUGUCGAAGAGUUGAAGUAUCUGAAGUUAGUGAUUAAUGAAACACUACGAUUACACCCUGCAUCUCCUCUUUUAGGCCUUAGGCAAUGCAGGGAGGAAACAAUAAUUGAUGGCUACACUAUUCCUCUUAAAUCCCAAGUGGUUGUUAAUGGUUGGGCUAUUGCAAGAGAUCCUGAAAGUUGGGACGACCCUGAAACUUUUGUGCCAGAGAGAUUUGAAAACAGUUGUGUGGAUUUUAAUGGAAAUCAUUUUCAAUAUAUUCCGUUUGGUGCAGGAAGCAGGAUGUGUCCAGGAAUGCAUUUUGGUUUAGCUAAUGUUGUGUAUCCUCUAGCACAGUUGCUUUAUCACUUCGAUUGGAAACUUCCUUAUGGGCAACAACCGGAGGAUCUGGAUAUGACUGAAACACUUGGAAUAUCUGCAACUAGAAAGAAUGAUCUUCACUUGAUUGCCAUUUCACAUGAUUAAAAAUGUCAUUAUCAUAUAUAUAGUUUAAUGAUGCUUAGUUUCUUAUUCAGACUCUAUGUAAAGUUGUAUUUCAAUCUUUCUAAGUGCAUAAUUGAUCUUGGUUGGAAUUAUACAGAAAUACU